AUGCUACGCGGGACUUUUGGAGAGGAGAAGUCCGAGGAGGUUCUUGGCAAGAGCUACGUCAAGUUUGCUCCUGUUCGGCAGGACUCGGACGGCUUCGGCAUCAUCAUGGCGACUGUGGCGGCGAAGGAUGUGUACGUGACGUGGGACGGAGAUCCGCUCCAGUACGACAAGACGCCGGAGGAUAAGAAGAAGCUCUUGGGGCCGGAAUUGGUUUCCCGCCUCACUGACAAAGCCUGGGCAGUCUGCGCGGAGGUGGACUACAACCGUCUGAAGAAGCGAAGCGGCACCCGGUAUCUCCUCAAGUUGUGCCGCACUGUGCCUGAUGUGGGCACUCGCCUUGAGCUGCUUGUGAAGCUGAGGCGCAAUCCAGGAGUCAUGGCUCAAUGGUCUCAUGAGAGAGACCAAGCGGCUCCAGAGGUCACUUCGAGUUCGACAAGAUCGGCACGAGUGGAGGCACCUACCGGGACGUCAACGGCGAAGGCGGAUUUGGAUGCUUCGCGGACUGAGUCUGGUUCGGGCCCGGAAGAGAGACGCCGGAGCCAUCCCGCAUCUCCGACGAGCGCUACUGCCCGAGUGAUUCCUGAAACUCCAGCAGAAGGCGAUGGAGAACCCGGUGGAGAUGGUGCGGUGGCUGAUGAGACCCGGGCAGCGUCAGAGGCCGGCGGGUCACCAGGCAGUGAUUGGUCCUGGGGACGCGAUGAGUGGCGACACUGGGACUGGUCCGAAUGGCAGAGAGGUCGUCAUGGAGAAGAAGAGGAUGAGGACAUCCCCUGGGAUGAGCUCGAGGGCCAGGAGUGUGAUGUCCUGCCGAAGGAGCUGUUGGGUUGGCUUCUUUUGCGGAGGUCUGGCCUGAGCGCACGGGCUAGGCUAUCCGUGCUGGCUUCCACGCACAACUCCCUGAUGAUCGAGGACGUGGAGCGAGUGCUACGUGAUCAAGAAGAAGAACUCCUGUUCAUGGAAAGCAAGGGCCAGCAAGAGCGCAACUACCACCGCCCAAAGCGGACCUAUUGGGUGGAAGAAUCCCAGGAAUGGGGCCUCCUGGACUAUGAGCCGAAAGAGGAUGUGGAGCCUACGGUUCAUUGGGUUGGCCGGCAACUUCCGGACGAGGUCCAUGCACGGCCUGAUCCUCCUGAAGUAUCUGCAGUACCGGAGGCGGCAUGGUGGUCGGAUUGCUGGACGGAUCCUUGGAAUGGUCAAGAUGGAAUUUGGGCAGCCGCCGAAACCGACUUCUCGCAGGAUGAGGUGAAAGAGCUGGAAGAGGCGUACGCGGUGUACGAAGGCAAGCUCCGGACCUUUGCCCAGGCCCGUGCCCUGAUGAAGAACAAGGCGGUUGGACUCGGUUUCUUUCCGACGGCAAAGGGCACCUAUGGCAAGUCGAAGGACAAGAAGGGCAAAGGAUACGGUUCUGCUCUGGUUCUGGCGGCCUCAUCCCCGGCGAGAAAAGGACCUGGUAAGGUUGGCUCGCCGGACUACACGUGGGAGAAAGGGGACAGGCCCUGGAAAAGGCUCCUCGCCUUCCUACGGCAUCUUCAUGUCACCCCCUGGGACCUGGACGUGAACGAGGACGCGAUCGGUGACGACGGCAUCAUGCUGGCCACAGAGGAGACGCAUGGCUGGAGGACCCACGGAGUGAUCGACUGUGGAGCUACGGAGACGGUGGCUUCGUUGCAGGCGAUCGAAGAGCUCAUGGCCCGACGACGUGAGCUUCGGGACGGACAAGAGGAACCUAUACGGGUCUUCUCGGACGUGCGCAAGCAGUUUCGUUUUGGAAAUGGCCAGGAGCUGCAGGCCAGCUCCUACAUAGAGAUUCCCCAGCAGAUCAACGGUUGCACCUUCUACCUCGGCAUCUUCACCCUCGACACGGAAGGGUAA